UGAAUGACCACUUCACCGGUGGUUCUAUACAUAUGAUACAAGAAUCACAUCCAACAAGAGGCAGGCUGUCAUGAUCUGCCAACUCCACGUGUUUCUCCCUUUCCGCCACCAAAGCCUUUGUUGGCACUGGGAGCCAUGGGAAGCCAUGGGAGCCAUGGCCGACUCAGCAUUGGCACCGAAAGUGAGUGAGACACUGAGACCAGAGACAGUCUGAGCUACUGAGAUUGACAGAGGAAGGCAGAGACGGUGCAGAUGACAUUGGUCCUUGGAUGGGAGAGAUGGGAGAUAGCUGUUUGCGGGGUAGACACAGUCUGUGGUGAUGCAACAUGACGUAUUCCAGACCUUUUGGAGCAUGAAUGGUGCAUGUGACAUGCAGCUUUGGGAGCUGAGCUGAGCUGAGCUGAGCUUGCGAAGACGACCAGCAUCAGUAGCUCUUGACAUAAGUCCUUGCGGUUUCAGGUGUCAUGUUGGGGUGUCCCACGGCCGUAGUACAUUGACGUCAUCACGAUGUCGUCAAAACAACAAAUAACUCGUUGAGCUCUCGAAGACCCCGCCUCCCGUUGGAAGCGUGCACUGCGGGUGUGAAGCACGUUCUGAGGUCCCAUGGGCUUCUUCAAGUUCCCCACCACACCACAUAUCUUGGACCUAACCAAUGGCAAGGCCUUGACCGAGAGCGACCGGCUCUUGAGCGAGAAGGAGGCCCAAGAGUUCUUUGAUGGGAAGACGACCAUCAUCAUGGAAGAGAAGAUUGAUGGCGCAAACUUGGGAAUCUCACUUACCGACAGCUAUGAGCCGCUCUACCAGAAUCGGGCACACUACGUCUCCAGCGGAUAUGCCACGCAAUGGAAAGCCUUGGACAGCUGGUGGGAGGAACAUGGCUGGGCCAUUUGCCAACUCUUAGAACCCGAGGUGGAGGUGCUCUUCGGCGAGUGGCUUUGGGCGCGUCACAGCGUGGCCUAUACCAAGCUUCCGGCCUAUUUCGUGGCCUUUGACAUUUACAACAAACGCCAAGGACGCUUCGUGUCAGUCCGAGAGCGCAACCGGCGUUUGGAGGGCCUGGAUAUCCCGGUCGUGCCACAACUGGCCGAGCGGAGCUUUGCGAAUCGCCAGGAGCUUGAGGGUUUCUUGGAACGCACGUCAGCCUUCGGCGAAGGGCCUUUGGAAGGCGUGUAUCUUCGCAUCGAUGAACCAGUCUCUCAGGGAGGAGGUCUUUGGCACAAGCGCCGGGGCAAGAUCGUGCGGAGCGAUUUCAUCCAGACCAUCCAGGAUGGAGGUCAUUGGAUCCAUAAGGAUGUCGAGAGGAACUCUUUAGCGUAUUGAGGGCGUAAAGAGCUGCGCCAGCUCUUUUGCGAGCUGGGAGGACAAUAGAGCCAAAACCUAUUUCGCAGACUUGACCCUCUUGAAGCGUGCCUUUUUUCGAGGCUCUUUUCGGAGGUGCAACAUUGUACAGUUUGGGUUUGGAAGACCCCCUGCCCUGAAAGGGCCUGGCAUUAUCCUUCGCCUCUUGACUUUGAAAGAGGAUGAAAGAGGUGAAGAUGGAUGAAAAGUCCUUGCAUCACUGGUGUUGGUCAAACCUCGCCCGAGUUUCUUG